AUGUCUGAAAUUACGUUAGGUAGAUAUUUCUUUGAAAGAUUACAUCAAUUGAAGGUGGAUACCAUCUUUGGUUUACCAGGUGAUUUCAACUUAUCGCUCUUGGACAAAGUCUACGAGAUUGAUGGUAUGAGAUGGGCAGGUAAUGCCAAUGAGUUAAAUGCAGGUUACGCUGCCGACGGGUACGCAAGAAUUAAGGGUAUUGCUGCUGUCGUUUCAACAUUUGGUGUUGGUGAAUUAUCAUUGACAAACGCAAUCGCCGGUUCCUUUGCCGAGCACUGUGCAAUCUUGAAUAUUGUCGGUUUACCAUCAGUCAAUGCUCAAGCUAAACAAUUGUUGUUGCACCAUACUUUGGGUAAUGGCGACUUUACUGUUUUCCACAGAAUGUUCAAAAACAUUAGUCAAACAAGUGCAUUCAUUGCUGAUAUCAACACUGCACCACAAGAAAUUGACAGAUGUAUUAGAGACGCUUACAUUUACCAAAGACCAGUAUAUGUUGGUUUGCCCUCAAACUUGGUGGACUUGAUGGUUCCUGCUUCACUUUUGGAAACACCUUUGGACCUCAGCUUGAAACCAAACGACCCAGAUGCUCAAGAUGAAGUUAUCGAGACCGUUGAAAGAAUCAUUAAGGAUGCUAAGAACCCAGUUAUUUUGGUAGAUGCCUGUGCAUCAAGACACAACUGUAAGGGCGAAGUUGCUCAAUUGGUCGAUGCCACACAAUUCCCAGUUUUCACCACUCCAAUGGGUAAAUCAGGUGUCAAUGAAUCGCAUCCAAGAUUUGGUGGUGUUUAUGUUGGUUCAUUAUCGCGUCCAGAUGUUAAGGAAGCAGUCGAGUCAGCCGAUCUUAUUCUUUCCAUUGGUGCCUUGUUAUCCGAUUUCAACACUGGAUCAUUCUCAUAUGCAUACAAGACCAAAAAUGUCGUUGAAUUCCACUCCGAUUAUACAAAGAUUCGUCAAGCUACAUUCCCAGGAGUGCAAAUGAAAGAAGCUUUGAACAAGCUACUUAAAACCGUGAAAUCAGCAGUCAACCCAUCCUAUGUUCCAUCACCAGUACCACAACAAAAAUUGAUCAACUCACCAGCAGAACCAGAAACACCACUCACACAAGAAUACCUCUGGACAAAGGUCAGCUCAUGGUUCAAAGAGGGUGACAUUAUCAUUACGGAGACAGGUACUUCGGCAUUUGGUAUUGUUCAGUCAAGAUUCCCAAACAACACAAUUGGUAUCUCCCAAGUCUUGUGGGGUUCCAUUGGAUACACCGUUGGUGCCACUUUGGGUGCUGCCAUGGCUGCACAAGAAAUUGAUCCAAAGAAACGUGUCAUCUUAUUUGUCGGUGAUGGUUCUUUGCAAUUGACCGUGCAAGAAAUCUCAACAUUGUGUAAGUGGGAAUGUAACAAUACCUACUUGUACGUGCUCAACAAUGAUGGUUACACCAUUGAGCGUUUGAUCCACGGACAAAAUGCCAGCUACAACGAUAUUCAACCAUGGAACAAUUUGCAAUUGUUGCCAUUGUUCAAUGCCAAGGACUACGAGUGUAUCAGAGUUGCCACUGUUGGUGAGUUGAAUGACUUAUUUGACAAGAAGGAUUUCUCUAUCUCAGAUAAGAUUAGAAUGAUUGAAGUCAUGUUGGCAAGAAUGGAUGCACCAGCCAACUUGGUGGCACAAGCCAAAUUAUCUGAAAUGACCAACGCACAAUCUUAG